ACUGUCUGAAAUAUUGUUAUCUGCUUAGUAUCUGUUAAUCAUGGCACUUCUUAAGAUAGCAAUGGAUAAAAACACUUCAUAUCGAUAACUCGUUACGUAAAUUAAAUGCAGUUGUGGUACUGAGUGAAGUUUUUCUUCGGGCAUAGUGCGAAGUACAUCAACAUAACCAAGAAGGAACAACCUAUCGUCAUUCAGCAAUGGAACCAAUGAAGAUGAAACACGGUACAUCUGAUGAGGACUUAUUUAACGAUCUGAUGGAACACGUUGGGAUGGAAGGAAAAUUUCAAUCCAGAUUCAAUUAUUUAUAUAACUUGGCGCUUAUGGUACUGGUCGCCAUGCCAGCUUUAAAUAUCAUCAUGGCGCUUACGUCACCUGACCACUGGUGCCACGUACCGGGAAGAAACGAAACUAAUUUUACAUUAUCAGAAUGGAAGCAACUUACAGUCCCAAGGACAGACGCCACUGGAAAUGUGGACACGUUCAGUAAGUGCAGUGCCUACAAUUUGACGUUUCCGCUGGAUGCAAAUACAAGUAGGCCUACAUUAUUGGAGAGGACGCCUUCUGACUACAGGGACACAGCAGUCAGCUGCCAGGACGGCUGGGAGUACGACCAGACAUGGUUUGCUUCAACAGUGACGUCACAGGAAGACUGGGUCUGCGAGAAGGAGCUUCACAUCCCAAACACUUUGCUCUUCUGCAAAGUGGGAGAAGUUCUGGGUGAAGUAUUCAUCGGUCAGCUAGGGGACACGAUCGGACGGCGCCCUGUGCUCUUCCUGGGCGUCGCCCUGUUGGUGCUGGGACGGUGUGUUCUUGUGUUCUCAGCAGGCAUCUACACAAUAUUCCUUGCGGCAGUCGUCGUCACGAGCUUACCAACUGGUGUCAUCUUCCAGUCACCUCUCAUUAUAGGGAUGGAAGUGUCGUCGGCCCGACAGAGGGCACACAUAGCGCUGCUGCAGUGCGUCGGAUGGACCUUAGGGAUGGCUGUUACGCCUCUGGUCGCCUGGGCUGUGGGAGGUCACUGGAAGGUGUUCAUGGUUCUCACGACUUUGCCAUGCGCUGCUGUGUUUUUUGUCUUCAGAUGUUUUCCUGAGUCUCCAAGAUGGCUGGUAGCGAAAGGGAAGACAAGGAAAUGCCUGAAGGUUUUAAAUCAAAUUGCCAAAGAGAACGGAACAUCUUUACCUGAAAAUACUAUGGAAACACUGCAAAAACUAGAAAGAAGAAAGGAGAAAGUAUACGGAGUUUUGAGUCUCUUUACUAACCGGAGACUUCUAAGGAUCACAAUACUCAUCUCAUCUUGCGUAACACUUGUGCAACUUCUGAACUACACGUUGGUUCUCAGCAUUGCCACCAUGUCGGGUAAUCCCUUUCUGAACAUGUUCCUGCAAGCUUUGGUAGAAAUACCAGGUUUCCUACUAGGGAGAUUUGUAUGCAACAGGUUCGGUAGACGCUGGAGUCAGGCAGGAGCCUACUCAGUUGCAGCAUUUUUCCAGAUAGGCUGUUUGAUCACCGUCACACACCAGCAACUUCUGUGGCUGCUGAUCUCCUUGGUUAUGAUAGUCAAGUUCUCCCUCACCGUAGCGGCGUACUGUGCCUACCUGCAGUGCAUGGAGCUCUACCCCACUUGUCUGCGGCAGACGGGCACCUCCCUCGGAGUCCUUCUAGCGACCCUCAUCGCAACAUUCAGUCCCUACAUCGUGUACUUGGGAGCAGCCGUUGACAGAAGAUAUCCUUACGCCAUCCUCAUUGUCUUGUGUCUGCUGGGCAUUGCGUGUGGAACUCUGCUCCCUGAGACCCUGAACCAGAAGCUGCCUGACACAGUAGACGAGGCUGCGGACUUCGGAGCUGAACAGAAGUUCUGGAGUUUCCCACAGCGGAAACCAGCCACGCAGUAUCAAAGUGCGCCAACCAAACAUAGACAGGCAAACUGACGUGUAUGGAUCUCCAGUUUCAAAUAAAAUUAGUGGCAGAUAAUAUGAUUAAAAUGAGUAAUUCAUAUAGCAUGACAUUUAUAAAAAUAUGACCGCCUCUGUGGUCU